AUGGGCGUCACAUUUUCGUCCUUGCUCGACAGAGUCUGGUUUUGGCGGCGUGAUGUGCCGCUGCGCAUUUUGAUGCUUGGUCUGGACAGUGCGGGGAAGACGACAAUUUUAUACCGCUUGCAGCUUGGAAACGUCAUUUCCACGAUACCCACGAUCGGAUUUAAUGUUGAGUCUGUCGAAUACAAAAAUAUCCAAAUGCAAGUGUGGGAUUUGGGCGGACAGUCGAGCAUUCGACCCUACUGGCGGUGUUACUUUGCCGAUACAGCCGCAAUUAUUUAUGUUGUUGAUGCGACAGAUGAGGAGCGUCUUCCAAUUGCACGCAAGGAGCUACUUGCGAUGCUGGCUGAGGAGGAGCUUACGGGGUGCAAGCUGUUAGUCUUUGCAAACAAGCAAGAUGUGCCCGGCGCUUUGGACGAAGGCCAGGUGGGCGCUGCAUUGGGGCUCAACGAACUGCGCGAUCGGCAAUGGAGUAUUUUUCGCAGCAGUGCGAAAAAUGGGACGGGGCUUCAUGAAGGACUUGAUUGGCUUGUCGAGGCAUUGCGAAGUCAUUGA